GUUUAUGUUGCAGUAAAAAAAUUAGCGGCUUAUUUACACAUUUAUAUAUUACUAACCAAUGAGCAGCCAACUCAAUGUGCUGGUAUACAACGGGGCCGGCGUCGGGCUCAGCUCAUUCACAGCAUCGAUGCGCACACUGCGGCAGUUCCUCGGACACCGCUACGCAGUGAUGGCGGUCGACGCUAACACAUUGCGCACGCAGCCAUGGGAAAGCAAGACUGCGCUGGUAGUGAUACCAGGCGGGCGCGACAAGCCCUACGCCGAGGCGCUACAUGGUGAGGCCAACAGGAGGAUCCGGCAGUGGGUGCAGGGCGGUGGGCGGUAUCUGGGCCUGUGCGCCGGCGGGUACUACGGCAGCGCGUGGUGUAUUUUUGAGCCAAACACUGCGAUCGAGGUGAACGGACCGCGCGAUCUGGCCUUUUUUGACGGAACAUGCCUGGGGACGGCAUAUCCCGGAUACGACUACAACUCGGAGGACGGCGCGCGCGCAGCCGAGGUCACCGUAGAUCAGGCGGCUUUUAGGCUGCCGCUGGAGUCGUGGCGCGGAGAUCCCGAGCGCCUGCGAAUUUACUAUAAUGGCGGCGGGUACUUUGUGGACGCAGACAACCUGGAAAACACCACUGUGCUGGUGCGCUACGCGCCGGACGUCACCAAUCCGUUGGAUCGCGCCCAGAGCGUAAUCGGGGCUGCCGCCGUGGUUGUGUGCCGCGUGGGCAAGGGCACGGCUGUUUUGUCGGGGCUGCACCCAGAGUACGCCUGGGACUGUCUUGUGCCGUCUUGCUACACGCGCACACACAACCGCCACUUGGUUGAGCACCUCAAGGCACACGAUUUGCAUCGUCGCCGGCUGCUGGGCGCACUCCUGGCGCAUAUGCGGCUGGACGUUGACGCGAGCGCAAUGGCUGAUGACGCGGCCGGCGGCAUACCCAAACGCUCGCCCGUGUUUCUGGUGCCUGCGCGCGCAUCCGGCGUGGCUGCGGCUGCCUCGACCAUGUACGCACUCAACGCGGCGGCGGACACGCACCGGGUGCUGAGAGACGGCGCUGAUGACAUCCACAUUGCUGCCGCCACGGCCCACGGUCCACAUCGCGCUCCCCUGGACCGCCUGCAGGCCAUGCAGCCGGCGGCUGAAGCCAGCGAGCGCGGCUCAGCUCUCUUGGUCAUGUGCACGGCAGACGCCGUGCCUGAGCGGCUGGAGACGCCGCGUUUCGACAUGGGCCUGGCGCUGCAGCACAUGCUUUCUGCACGGGCCCACACAGCCGGGUCCUGGCUUAUGUACGCGGACGUGGCCGAGUCGACACAGACGUUCCUCGAAAAGAAUCUUAAGCUCCAGGCGCUGCUUCCCAACGGAACCGUCAACGUAGCUUCGGUGCAGGUGGCCGGGCGCGGACGCGGAGGCAACGCUUGGAUCUCGCCACCGGGCUGCUUGCAAUUUACCAUGCUGCUGCGGCAUCCGCGCAUGGACCAGGCACCCGUGGUCAUGCUCCAGUACCUGUUUUCGCUGGCCGCUGUCAAUGCCAUUCGCUCUUUGCCCGGGUACGCCGACCUGCCACUGCGCCUCAAGUGGCCCAAUGACAUUUAUGCGCAGACGGACAGCGGCGAGUACGUCAAGAUCGGCGGCCUCCUUGUCACGUCGUCGUUUAAAACCAACGAGUUUACGCUUCUCUUUGGGUUUGGCCUCAGCGUGGCCAACGCGCUGCCCACAACGUCCAUCAACAACCUUAUUUCCCAGCUUAAUCGCCGUAACGGCACGCAGUUGCCCGCUUUGUCGGUCGAGCAGACGCUGGCUCUGAUUACGGCCAAGUUUGAGGAAUUGUAUCGCCAGUUUCUGUUACGUGGCUUUGCGCCUCUGCUUCCUGCGUAUUAUCGCUACUGGAUCCAUGGGGACCAGGUUGUUACGCUGGCAUCGCGCGGCCACGAAAGCGCCCGCGUCGUCGGACUGUGUCCCAAGGACGGCUUGCUCAUGGUCCGCAGUCUGCUUAACCCCACGGCCGUGUAUGGCUUGGAGCCGGACGGAAACUCUUUUGAUAUGAUGCAGGGACUGAUCACACGAAAGACAACUUAAUAUGAAAUGUAUAUGAGCGGGGCGAUAUAGCCAAACAAGGCAUUGUUUUUUUGGUGUUGCUUUUGCUUUUUUCUUUUUUGUUUUGUAUUUUAUUCUAUUGC